AUGGUAGCUUUAAUUAAGCUUUUAUUAUCUUAUUUUAAGGAAGAUCAGCUCGUGGAAUAUUUUCAGGUUCGCAAAUGUGAAAUCAAUUUGUUGUUAACCUAUUUGUUUGUUAAAAAGACAGGUGAUUUAUACAGACCCUUAUUUUUUCAUGUUGUUUUUGGAGGAAAGAUAAGAGCCACAUUAAAUUCAAUAGAUGAUGCUGUGAUGCUACUAUUUGGCUUGUAUUAUGUUUUCAACCUUGAAUAUCAUUCUCAUGCAGCACAAACUUUGGAAUUCAUACAAAGAAAACAUAAAUGUGUAAAUGCUGCUUUUAAACAGUCAUUUAGACAGAAUAUCUUUCAUGAUUUUGCUGAUGUCAUAGAUAAUACUGAGGAUCAUAUCAUUCAGUCUUCUGAUGAAGAUGAAGAUUUGGAAUUAUCAUUGCUGGAUUCCCAGAAGUUGUUUACUCAAUCUUUGGCAUUGUUUUACAUGAAACUUGAAGCUGUUUAA